AUGCCGCGAGUCUUUAAGAUUGUGCCCACGACACAGAAGUAUGACUGGGGAAAGAUCGGGCUGUCCUCCAAGGUUGCGCAGUAUGCAGCAGCAGCGAAGAUUCCUGGCUUCACGCUGGACGAGAAGGCUCCGUACGCAGAGUUGUGGAUGGGGACUCAUCCGAACGGACCCUCACUCGUAGCGGGCUCAGACACCACGCUGGCGGAGUAUCUCGCCGCCCAUCCGGAGCUCAUGGGCUCGAAAGUCGUCUCUCGCUUCCGCGAUGCAGGUGCAGAAGAAGGCAAUCUACCGUUCCUCUUCAAAGUGCUGGCGAUCGAGAAGGCGCUCAGCAUCCAAACGCACCCGGACAAGAAAACGGCGGAGGCGCUGCACAACGAGAAGCCGAACAUCUAUAAAGACGCAAACCACAAGCCUGAGAUGGCACUUGCCCUCACGCCGUUCACCGCGAUGUGUGGUUUCCUCCCGCUCUCCCAAAUCGCUGGCUACCUCGUAUCAACGCUCGAAUUAGCUGCGCUUAUACCGAAGCCAAUCACCACGCAGUUCCUCUCCGCCGCGUCGUCCGCCGACUCAAGCAGCCCCGAGGCGAAGACCGCGUUGAAGGACCUCUUUUCGGCUCUUAUGACCGCCGACGAGGCCACGUUCAAGGCGCGCCUCGCAGACCUCGUGAAGCGGUACGAAGCUGGCGGCGCGACCGAGCGCGAGGAGGGCGUGAAGGACCUCGUCCUGCGGCUGAACAGCCAGUUCCCUGGCGACAUCGGCGUGUUCUGCGCGUUCGUGCUCAACUACGUGAAGAUGCAGCCGGGCGAGGCGAUCUUCCUCGCUGCGGGCGAGCCGCACGCAUACGUGUCAGGCGACAUCAUGGAGUGCAUGGCGACGUCGGACAACGUCAUCCGCGCCGGGCUCACGCCCAAGCUGCGCGACAUCCCGAACCUGGUCUCCGGGCUCACGUAUGGCGCGGGCGAUCCCUCGAGACACAUGGUCAAACCCGCCGCCUUCGACUCCGCGGCGGCGCACACAGCGCUCUACGACCCGCCCAUCCCCGAGUUCAGUGUCCUGCAGGUGCUGGUGCCGGGCGGCCAGACGGAGGCGCACCCGCCAAUUGAGGGCCCGAGCAUCGCGAUCGUGACGGAGGGUAAGGGUGCACUGGAGUCGGCCGGGGAGAAGCUGGAGGUGGCUGAGGGCGACGUGGUGUUCAUCGGCGCUGGAACUGGCGUGAAGCUUGUUGCGGCUGAAAGGGGUCAAUUGGCCAUCUAUCGGGCGUUCGUGGAAGCUAGCUAA